UCUCCCCCCAUGGAUGCUGCAGCGGCGCCUCCUCCAUUUGCAGCGCCUGGGAGCGGAGCGGUGACUGCGCCCGGGACCCCCCGCUCAGCCCCCGGGCCGCCACAGACAUGAACCCGCCGCUCGAUGGAGCUCAGAGCCGGGACAACGGCUGCCGGGGAGCCGAGGGAGGAGAGGAGGCGGCCGGGGAAGCCGCUGUGCAGGAGCCGGGGAGCGGGCACAGGGACAGGGAGGAGUCCGUGGAGGAGAAGCUCCGGAACCUGACCUUCCGGAAACAGGUGUCCUACAGGAAAGCAAUUUCCCGAUCUGGACUUCAGCACCUGGCUCCCGUGCACUGCCCCACCCUGACCAUCUCCAAUGGACCCCUGAAAGAGCCUCGGACCACCCUGGACUGGACUGAGAACGCAGUGAACGGGGAGCACCUCUGGCAGGAGACUAAUGUAUCGGGAGACCUGUGUUAUCUGGGAGAGGAGAACUGCCAAGUCAAGUUUUCCAAAUCAGCCGUACGGAGAAAGUGCGCAGCGUGUAAAAUUGUGGUUCAUGUCGCCUGUAUGGAUCAGCUGGAGAAGAUUAAUUUUAGGUGCAAACCGACGUUUCGUGACGUGACCUCACGAGCUCCGAGAGAGGUCAGACAUUUUUCUUGUUGUUCUAACCAGCAGAAUUUGGUGAGGCAUCACUGGGUACACCGACGGCGGCAAGAGGGAAAAUGCAAGCAUUGCGGGAAGGGUUUUCAGCAGAAGUUUUCAUUCCAUAGUAAGGAAAUUGUGGCUAUCAGCUGCUCGUGGUGCAAGCAGGCGUUUCACAACAAGGUCACCUGCUUCUUGUUACAUCACAUAGAGGAGCCCUGCUCCCUGGGAGCCCACGCUGCGGUCAUCGUCCCUCCAAGCUGGAUCAUUAAGGUGAAGAAACCUCAGGUCAAUGUAAAAAACUCCAGUAGACGGAAGAAGAGGACAUCGUUCAAGAGGAAAGCCAGCAAAAAAGGCUUCGAGGAUAUUAAAGGCCGGGCCUUUGUGAUAAAACCCAUCUCUUCCCCCCUCAUGAAACCUUUGCUGGUCUUUGUGAACCCAAAAAGUGGUGGAAACCAGGGUACAAAAGUGCUGCAGAUGUUUAUGUGGUACCUGAAUCCACGGCAGGUCUUUGAUCUCUCUCAGGAAGGACCACGGGAAGCUCUGGAGUUGUAUAGAAAAGUGCCAAAUCUACGAAUUCUCGCCUGUGGUGGCGAUGGGACGGUAGGCUGGAUCCUUUCUGUCUUGGACGAGCUUCAGGUCAACCCUCAGCCUCCUGUUGCUGUUCUUCCACUUGGUACCGGGAAUGACCUCGCUCGCACUCUUAACUGGGGAGGGGGCUACACAGAUGAACCCGUCUCCAAGAUCCUCUGCCAUGUAGAAGAUGGCACCAUCGUGCAGCUGGACCGCUGGAAUCUACAUGUGGAGAGGAACCCUGAUCUACUCCAUGAGGAGCUGGAUGAUGGGACACAUAAGCUUCCACUAAACGUAUUUAAUAAUUACUUCAGUCUGGGAUUCGAUGCACACGUCACCUUGGAGUUUCACGAGUCUAGAGAAGCGAAUCCAGAAAAAUUCAACAGUCGCUUUCGCAACAAGAUGUUCUAUGCAGGGGCCGCCUUCUCCGACUUUUUACAGAGGAGCUCUAGAGAUUUAUCCAAACAUGUGAAAGUGGUGUGUGAUGGAACCGACCUCACCCCCAAGAUCCAAGAGCUGAAGUUUCAGUGUAUUGUCUUCUUAAAUAUCCCCAGGUACUGUGCUGGCACAAUGCCCUGGGGAAACCCCGGUGACCACAGAGACUUUGAACCUCAGCGGCACGAUGAUGGUUAUAUAGAGGUCAUUGGCUUCACCAUGGCAUCACUGGCUGCCCUGCAGGUAGGUGGCCACGGAGAGCGGCUUCACCAGUGUCGAGAGGUGACCCUGUUGACGUACAAGGCCAUCCCUAUGCAGGUAGAUGGUGAACCCUGCCGCCUCGCCCCCUCCCUCAUUCGUAUUUCCCUAAGAAACCAAGCAAAUAUGGUACAGAAGAGCAAGAGGAGAACGUCCAUGCCCUUACUUAAUGAUGUCCAUAAAGUGCCCACCGCUGACCACCGACGCGUCUCCGCUCCCCCAGACUCCUUCACUGUCCCACAUUCAAUGCCCGACCGGCUACGAAUCCGAGUGAACCGAAUCCGCCUGCAGGUGUACGAGGGGCUGCAUUUCGACAAGGACAAACUACGGGAAGCCUCCAUUCCUCUAGGGAUCAUUGUGGUACGAGGAGACUGUGACCUGGAGACCUGCCGGAUGUAUAUCGACCGCCUACAAGAGGAUCUUCAUUCCGUGAGCGCACACAGAGAUCACUGCCAGGAUCCUGAGAGCCCAUUACCCCGGUUACUCUCCGCCCAGCGUCUCAAUCCUCGAUGGUGCUUCCUAGAUGCUACCUCUGCUGACCGGUUUUACCGUAUAGAUAGAUCUCAGGAACAUCUACAUUUUGUCACUGAGAUUUCCCAGGAUGAGAUCUUCAUAUUAGACCCGGAGGCAGCCGGGAGCCCGCAGGGUAAUGCCGGGACGGGGAUGCCAGAUCUGGUGGUCGAGCAGCCUACAGGGUUGUCGCCUGAAUGGUGGACGCCAACGUGUCGGAAACGUAUAGUGAGUGACAGCUGCGUGCCAGGGAAGUUGUCUCUACAGAACGAGCUCUCAAACAAGGUCCAGGAUUCUCCUCCCUCCAGCGCCCUCCCAUCCCCGGUGUCAGAAGAAGAACAAGCUCUGGUACACGCAGUGCUUGAUGGGGACCUUGACAAGGUCACCGAGUGCUGUGAGAAAGGAGCCAGCUUACGGAUCCAAGGACCAGAGCGCUGCUCUCUGCUACAUAUGGCGGCCAGCGCCGGGCGGGCGGAGAUCGUAUCCUACAUAUUGGAAAACGGAUCUGAGGAUCUCCUGGACAUGGUAGACAGAACCACUGGAGAGACGGCAUUGCACAAAGCUGCUUUUCAGGGACACCGGCAUGUUUGCCAAAUUCUCAUAGAUGCCGGUGCCUGUUUGUUGAAACGGGAUUCCAAGGGACAGACCCCUCUGGACAUAGCCCAAGAAGCUGGAGACUACGAACUUGCAUCCUACUUGGAAACAUGCCAAGCGAAGCAACUUCUUUCCAAUGAAGACCUGGAGACAGCGGUUUGAUGAGUGCAACAGAUGCCAGAAACCAGUUUUGGAAAGAGAAGAGACACGCGUAGCCGAAAAAGGUUCCUGGAAGAAGGCCAUCCUGCCACCCAGGAGAAGGGAAACUGGUCGGAAGAGGCACCCCUUCCACAUGCAAGAUUUUCAGUGCAGGGUGCACUUUCCAGUUUCUUAAGGGCUAAUGAGACUCGCCACGGAACUGCCACUCAAUUGACACGUUGAGGAACGUCGUAAGUGGGGCAAAGGAUGGCAGAGGUGGGGCCGAGCCCUCGCCCCAUGGGGAACCCUCUCUCUCUUUCUCUGUGUAUUCCAACAAGACGCAUGAUCCCGUCCAUUGUCUUUUCUCCUCACUUUGGUCAGACCUCUCCCCCGCUCCGGCAGAAGGAAAAAGACUGAGGCCGGCACAGUGUUAUCAACCUCACAGAUUUUUGUUUUGUUUUUAUUUAAUUAUUAUUAUUAUUUUUUAUUUUUAGAAUCAACUCAUUAAAAAGAGACUGGAAUCUACUCUGAAUGAGCGUGGUUACCAUCCGGACACAAACAUAUUUUAAUUUAUUCAUCAUGUGGAAAUGUCGAGAAAGAUUAAUAUAUUAUUAUUUUUUAAAGAGAAGAUGACAUGACCUAAAAAAUACCGUAUAAUAAUACCACAUGAGAAGACAUCCUGUCACAUUCACAAAUAUAUAGAUAUAUAUCAACGCUCAUAUACCAUGACAUAACCUGUGACAUUUGAUUUGUAACAUUAUUACAUAGAUCGUUGCAAACUACUGUUUUCUGUCAGACAUUUUAGGUUAAUAAAGUCUAAAUGAAGUGUCCUUUUAUUAAAGAUUAACCUU